CUCUGACCCACCCAGAUGCCAUCUCGGCGCGACGAUGCUGCUCCUUUAAGGAGGGCGGGGGGCGCGGAGGCGGUGGCCGCGCCCCCUUCCUCUCCUUCCUCCGGCGCAGGACCACCUGUCUCCGGCCUCGCCACGCCCCCUUCAGGAGGGGCGGGGGGAAGAGGGGCGGGGAAGGAAGGCCGAGGAUUUACCUUGCGGGGCGGGCGCGCGACGCAUGCGCACGGCCGGACAGGUCCGCGGCUCCCUCACUUCCUGGCAUUUCCCCCCUCCCCCUCCUCGCCGUUACCCUGUACAUCCGGGUCACUUGCCCUCCCCGUUCGGAGCCGCCGCUGCUGCUGCUGCUGUUGCUGCUGCUGCCGCCGUCGCCUGGCUCGUCGCGGCUCCGCCACAGGGGCAGAUAGAAGGACAAGAACAGAAUCACCAGCACUGGCUGAAGAUGCCCAGCCUACAGAGUCUGAGAAGGAAAUUUAUAAUCAGGUGAAUGUAGUAUUAAAAGAUGCAGAAGGUAUCUUGGAAGAUUUGCAGUCAUAUAGAGGAGCCGGCCAUGAAAUACGAGAGGCGAUCCAGCAUCCAGCAGAUGAGAAGUUGCAGGAGAAGGCUUGGGGCGCGGUUGUUCCACUAGUAGGCAAAUUAAAGAAAUUUUAUGAAUUUUCUCAGAGGUUAGAAGCAGCACUAAGAGGCCUUCUGGGAGCCUUGACCAGUACCCCGUACUCUCCCACGCAGCAUCUAGAGCGAGAGCAGGCUCUUGCCAAACAGUUUGCGGAGAUUCUUCACUUCACUCUCCGGUUCGACGAACUCAAGAUGACAAAUCCCGCCAUACAGAAUGAUUUCAGCUAUUACAGAAGAACAUUGAGUCGUAUGAGGAUUAAUAACGUUCCAGCAGAAGGAGAAAAUGAAGUAAAUAAUGAAUUGGCAAAUCGAAUGUCUUUGUUUUAUGCUGAGGCAACCCCAAUGCUGAAAACCUUAAGUGACGCCACAACAAAAUUUGUAUCAGAGAAUAAAAAUUUACCAAUAGAAAAUACCACGGAUUGUCUAAGCACCAUGGCCAGUGUAUGCAGAGUCAUGCUCGAAACACCGGAAUACAGAAGCAGAUUUACAAAUGAAGAGACAGUGUCAUUCUGCUUGAGGGUAAUGGUGGGUGUCAUAAUACUCUAUGACCACGUACAUCCAGUGGGAGCAUUUGCCAAAACUUCAAAAAUUGAUAUGAAAGGUUGUAUCAAAGUUCUUAAGGACCAACCUCCCAAUAGCGUAGAAGGUCUUCUAAAUGCUCUCAGGUACACAACAAAACAUUUGAACGAUGAGACUACCUCCAAGCAAAUCAGAUCCAUGCUGCAAUAGCAGCCCUGGGCGGGCGCCUGCUGUGGACAGAAGACAGUAUUCUGCAGUGGCUGAGAAUGCACAGUUUUUAGUGAUUGCAAUUACUAUCUCAUGUACUCCUGCUUUUUAUUUCUUUCCUCUGUUCCUCUUCCCUCUUUUUUAAUCAUGUUCUCGUUCUCAAGACUUCUUUUCUGUGCCAAAACCAGUAAAGUUCUACUCUGAAGGGACACUGUCCUUUCGAAUGGGCCAUCUGAGGCAGCUAAUUCCGCAUUGCAUUGGGGUCUCUACUGAGAAAAAUUCUGUGACUUGAACUAAAUAUUUUUAAAUGUGGAUUUUUUUUGAAAACUAAUAUUUAAUAUUGCUUCUCCUGCAUGGCAAAACUGCCUAUUCUGCUAUUUAAAAACCGUCAACGACUUUAUUUUCUACUGCCGCUUUUUUCAUGUGCAGCCAAAAUGAAAAUGUUUAAAUUAACUGUGUUGUACAAAUGGUACCCAACACAAACUUUUUUUAAAUUAGUAAGACUUUUGUUUAAAGUUUUAAGUUUGCAUUUUGACUUUUUUUGUAAGGAUGUAUGUUGUGUGUUUAACCUUUAUUAACUAACGUUAAAAACUGUGAUGUGUGCGUAGAAUAUUACGUAUGCAUGUUCAUGUUUAAAGAAUGGCUGUUGAUGAUAAAAUAAAAAUCAGCUUUCAUUUUUCUAA